CCAUGUGUGACGCGUAGUUCAAUAUGGCUGCGCCCAUGAGACUUUGGUGGAAGUGUCUACAAGAUUUAAAACCGACGUCUGGCUGCAUAACACUUGGAAAUUAACAAACAGUGUUGAACUAGGAAAGGACGUUUUGUCCCAAGUGCAUCAAUCCCCCAACUUCAAAAUCUACACUUCGCACGUUUCCUCUCCAAGGUCAUCUGGCGAGCAAGCUGGUUGUCAAUAGAUAAGAUGUCAGAGACAAACGAGGCCCUGAAUGAUAUGGAAAAUUUGAAACCUAAAUCUGCGAUCAUGAAUGUGCUUUUAACAAAAUUUGAACGGCUUCCAGAUACAGACAAGAAAUUAUUUGCAUACGGCCCCAUAUAUCUGGGAAUGAAUGGGGCGUUCAGUGGAUUGAUCGCCAACAGUUUUUUCCGUCGAGUGCUUAAAGUCAGUCAAGGCUGGAUCACGUCGAGUUUGCCAAUGGCCGUACUGCCCUUCCUAUCAACCGUAGCACUUUACCAAGCCACCAUAUCGCAGCCUCUGCUCUCCGGGAAUCUCGACUGCAAGGCCUGCGCGGAAGUUCGAGGUGCGCUCCUGGGUGUGGUCGUUGGCGGCCUCUACCCUGUUGCUUUAGCAUUGCCUGUGAAUGCUGGCCUGGCAUCAAGAUACAACACAACACCAAUGCCAGAGAAGGGAAAGGUUUUACAGUUCAUGGUCAAAAUCACCAAGCCCGUACUCAAGAAAAUGUCCUUUGUAGUCGUGCUUCAAGCCAUUUGCGGCUAUUACUUGAGCUCCCUGCAGUACAGAAUCUACAGGAAAGCAGUGGAACUACCUUCUUCCGACAGUGAAGAUCAAGAAGCUAUAGAUUAAAACAAAGUUGGCUAAUUUUUUAAUGUCAACAUUGAGUUUUUAUUUUUUAUUCUUUCAACUGUUGUUUUAAAAGAUGUUAUUAAAUGUAUGUGAGAUGCCAGCA